AUGGAGGCAGAAAGUUCCCGUCCUUUGCUACUAAUUACACGAGAAGAAAUUUUUAAAACGCGUGAAUUUUAUGAUUUGGAUGAACAAAAAAUAAAAGAAUUCAUCGAUGCAAUAAAGGAAUGGUGCAAAAAACAGGAACACUUGGUAGAAGCUAGUAAAUAUUUAACUCAUGACAUAAUAGAACGUCUAAUCUAUCAGUCCAGAGGUUCUCUUGAAGCGACUAAAACAAAAAUUGACAGGCUAUUUACAACAAGAGGAUUGUUACCGCAAAUCGUUGCCAACAAAUCACCUGAAGAGUUUGAGGACUUCCUACAAAACUUGUUUGUAUAUGCUAAUACUCCU